GUCCUUGACAAUAGAUAUUGAGUCGGGAAUGGAAAAUAGGAGCGAGAGUGAUUAAUAGUAAACGAAGAAGAGAGAAGAGGGCAACAGUGGAAGAUAGCACAGCAGCAUUCGCCUCUUCCUCUUCGCAUUCUUCCCUUAAACCAACCAAAAACACACCCACUUCAACCACCGAUUCACGACAUGUUGCCCCUUUCCCUUCUCAAGACUGCCCAAGGCCACCCAAUGUUGGUGGAACUGAAAAAUGGGGAGACUUAUAAUGGCCAUUUGGUUAAUUGUGAUACAUGGAUGAACAUCCAUCUCCGAGAAGUUAUUUGUACCUCUAAGGAUGGAGAUAGAUUUUGGCGAAUGCCCGAGUGUUACAUUCGUGGCAAUACCAUUAAGUAUCUUCGGGUUCCUGAUGAGGUUAUUGACAAAGUUCAGGAAGAAACAAAGAGCCGUGCUGAUCGAAAACCACCUGGUGUGGGACGAGGAAGGGGACGAGGUAGGGAGGAAGGUGCUGGUGGACGUCAAGUGAAAGGAAUUGGGCGCGGCCUUGAUGAAGGUGGAGCUAAGGGACAAGGAGGCCGAGGCAGGGGUGGCCCUGGUGGAAAGCCUGGUGGAAACAGAGGUGCAGGGCGAGGUAGAGGUUGAUUUGAGCACUGAUAUGGAAUUACAGAUGGGCCACUUGCUGCUUUUAGAGGCAAUGGUGCCCAUUCAGCACAUUUACUGUUUGUGUUUCCUUGUGCAUUAUUUGAUUUUAGGUUUCCAGUUAGUUUUCUGCAUUUAGAGUCAUAAAAUGCUGGUAUUAUAGACCUCACGAAAGCUUCUGUGAAACAUCAUUUUCUAAUGCCUUUUCUGUUGAAAAUUUGUACUUAUUCCUUUUCCUCAGGCUAUGUUUAGAUAUUUAUUGCUGAGUGAAAUGGAAUGGUAUGGAAAGGAUCCAUAUAGUAGAAUGAAUAACUUAAGCAUUGCAUUAUUUGGAUAUUUUUGUGAUGGGAUAUAUAAAAACGCUGGUUACAUCCCAUAUUCCCAAAUUAGAGGGGAAUGAAAGAAGGGGUAUUUAACGGAUGGAAUGAAAUACAAUCCAUGAGGUCUCGUUCCAUCCUAUUCUGAACAAUCCAAAUAUUGGAACCUAGUAUUUUUCCAUUUCAUUCCACUGUUACAUUCCUUUCUAUCAAUUCAAACAUAGCUUCAGUGAGAAGUAAUGGUGGCAUUACGUGUUACUUGUUAAAUAGUAAAUAUCUCCCAAGCUUUAUAUGU